AUGAACCUCUUUCGGAGCCGGGUGGAUGUCUUCGAAGCCAUCAACAAGGGUGACUGGCAGAAGGUCAAGGACAACGUGGUUCCGGGAAAGGCCAAUGCUCGCGACUCCCAGUAUGACGCGACUCUGCUGCACUGGGCCGUGAACGAGGGGCACAUGCCGACGGUCGAACACCUGCUGGCUUGCGGAGCGGACGUGCGAUUGAGAGACGGGAAACACUCCGCCACCCCGCUCCACUGGGCUGCUGCUAAAGGUCACGUGUUCGUGGUUCGGCUGCUGAUGAUGCAGGAGUCUGACGUCAACAGCAGGGACGCUUCCAACCGCACCCCGUUGCACUGGGCGGCCGGAAACGGCCAGCUGGGGGUCCUCCGAGAGCUCAUGUUCUGGGGCGCGCGCGUGGAGUGCACGGAUGCUUGGAAGAAGGUGCCCCUGCACUGGGCGGCGUUCCGGGGGCACGUCGCCAGCGUGGAGGAGCUGGUGGGGAAGGGGUCGCCCGUGGACCAGCCGGACGCGGACGGGAACAUCCCGGGAAGCACGUUCCACCACAGCGUUCCGGAGGAGGCAAUAAGGGACAUCCGGUCGGCGAUGCAGCGAGGCCCGGCGUCGGGGGACGGCGUGGUGAGGGCGGCGACUGUAUCUUCGGAGCUGCUGCUGGAAACCCUUCGGGCGUGUCGGUCUUGGGGGGAACUUUUCGAGAACCGCCAUUUUGACGUCCUGUCGAAAGAGUGCCAGGAGCACCGGGAACGGUUGAGGGGUGUCAUUCAAGGCCUCGCGGACCAGGGCAAGGCCGAAGGACUUGAGCCGUGCCUCAAGGCCAUGGACCUCCUAAACUCGGCCCUGGGUCUCCACGAGGACAUGCGGUCGGGCACCAAACCUGUCCCCCUCGGCGGCGGCGGAGCGGGUCAGGCUAGCGGCGCCUCGUCCUCUUCAGGCGGCGGUGGCGGCGGCGGUGGCGGCGGCGGCGGCGGGGACCGAGACCGCCGCGGGACCGGCGACAGCGGCGGCCCCCCGAGAGCGGGCGGCGAGCACCGGGGUUCGGAGGAGCUGCGGGAUUUCCUGUCGACGGAGGGGAACGGCGGAGGGGGUGGGGCUAGAGGCGGGGGUGGGGCGGCGCCGCCGCCGGGGGGGCAGCAGCAGGACGGGUCGUCUUCCGCGGCCUCGCUUAGGCUGUACCAGCUGCCGGCGGUGCGGGAGGCGUGCGGGGGCUUUGACCAGAAGCGCUGCAUCGGAGAGGGAGGGUUUGGAAAGGUCUACCGCGGCAGCAUGAUGGGCCUUCCCGUUGCCGUGAAGAAGCUGGACGAGACAGGACUACAAGGGCGGGAGCAGUUCUUUCGGGAGGUGGAGGUGCUGAGCACGUGUCGACACGAGAACAUCGUGCCGCUUCUUGGAGUGUGCAUGGAGCCUCCGUGCCUGGUCUACCGACUCAUGCCCAACAACAGCCUGCGGCAUCACCUGGAUGACCCGGCGUUGAGGUCGCGCCUCGGCUGGCGGCUGCGAGUGAGGACUACGAUUCACAUGUGCAACGGCCUCGAGUACCUGCACAGCGACUCCACCAACAAGCCCAAGGUUAUUCACGGCGACAUCAAGCCGGAAAACAUCCUCCUGGACGAGUACCUCAAGGCUCGCCUGUCGGACUUCGGCAUCUCCCGAGUGGGAGAGAGCGAGGCCAAGGUAUCGCGGCCUAGGCCACCCGCCGGCGGCGGCGGGCGCGGGGGCAGGGGGGGUGGGCCUGCCCAGGACGACGAUGCCGCGCUUCAGGGGACGUUCGGCACGAUGAAAUUGAUGCCGUAG